AUGAGAAUUAAAGUGAAGGAGAGACUGGAGCGACGUUCACGUUCAGCUUGGUGUCAGCGCAAAACAGCGGCGGUUACACAAGAGAAGAGAGUGAAAGAGAAAAUGUGGAAAGAAACACAGCCAAAGAGGGAAGCAAGACAGACAGGCAAGCAGGACACGAAGCAGUAUGGGAAUCGGGCAGAGUUUUCUUUUGGGAAGUUGGGGAAAUAUCCACAAAAGUCUCUCAAACGUGAAAAGCAGAGUGACUUACAUACGACUUCUCUACUUGCUGCUGCCCAGCCAAAAAUAACACCCGACACCAGGAUCGUUGACAACGACAAACCCGAACCACUUGACCGUCUGAGAUACAAUAUAUCUCCGAGGCACACUUCACUUGACUUCUAUCUGUUGCGUCUGGAGAGUCUAGUAUUUAACGGCAGGUUGCAAACUUCAAGAGAAUGUGGAGAGCUACGUGACCGGAUUCCUACGUUACUGCACUUGAGGGUUUCUUGCAAGGUCAAUUUUAAGGUGAAUCAAGAAAGGUGCGAAAACAAGACGAGAUGGAACACGCCGGCGGGACAAAUGGGGUUGAGCCACUAG